UCUUUGAAAUCUGGGUGUGUAUUUUGUGUUCACAGUGCAUCUGAAUUUGGACUAGCAUAUUUCAAAUGCCCAGGGGUCACAUAUGGACAAAGGCUACUGCAUGAAACAGGGCAAUUAUAGAGGAAGUAUGGCAGGAUUUUGGAGAUUGUCCAGCCUGACUCCUUAUUUACAGAAAAGUUAAGUACAUACUCUGAAGUUAUGCAACCAGUUUGUAAAAAAGGCGGGAUUAGAAGCCAAUUAUCCUCACCCUACCCUAUAGUCUUAUUCUCAAAGCUGAUUAGCAGCAAAGCUGGACUAGAACCCGAACCUCCUUAGGCCUGCUCACACCUGCUGUGGACCUCUCUUUUCUACCAGGCAGGCCUAGAGGGAAGAAGCCUUUACACCUGUCUUACUUUCCUCCUAAAUAGACUAACAGCUCCACUUGGAAACAAUCUGGCUGUAAACCAAGCCCAGAGUGGGGUUGAAUUUUUCCAUAUCUUUCCACCAGAUAAUGUUUUUUUUAUGACUUGUCACCCUUGUCCCCGAAACCAGAAACUCUUAGUUUCACCAAGCUACUUAAAAAACUCUGAUUCCGGGCGCCUGGGUGGCUCAGUUGGUUAAACGACUGCCUUCGGCUCGGGUCAUGAUCCUGGAGUCCCGGGAUCGAGUCCCACAUCGGGCUCCCUGCUCAGCAGGGAGUCUGCUUCUCCCUCUGACCCUCUUCCGUCUCGUGCUCUCUAUCUCUCAUUCUCUCUCUCAAAUAAAUAAAUAAAAUCUUUAAAAAACAAAACAAAAAACUCUGAUUCCUUUAGGCAAUGGUUCUCAAUAGAGGUGUCCAUCAGAAUCACCUAUGGAGCUUCAAAAUGAUUCAAAUGACUGGUCCCCCGCUCCAAAUCCUGAUGUAUAGGUUUGUGGAAGAAGUCAAGUAGAUCACUAUUUUUUAAUGGUUCCCUAGUGAUUCUGAUGCACACCCCCAACUCACAAUGACCUCACCAACUGCCAAAUCCCUGCUGAUGUUGCCAGACCCUCAGGUGUCUGACAUUGUUGACCUUGCCAGACCAGACAGGUCGGGUCUUAAGAAAGAACCUGGUCUCAAGGAAAGAAACAUGAGAUAGGUACCCCAGCACCUCCGGGGGCGGGGCUUCCUGCUUCCUUUUCCUCCACACGCUCUGCUCCCAAGGCCACCUCCAGCCUCAUUUCCUGAUUCUCCAGCCUCAGCUGCAGUGCAGCCCCAGCUGGUGAGGAAGGCAGGAAUGUGGCAGACAGGACUCGCUCUCAUGGCCUUGGCUGCCUGUGUGGCCCUUCCCUCCUCGGAAGCCAUACUUCCCAUUGCCUCCAGCUGUUGCACUGAGGUUUCUCAUCAUGUCUCCCGAAGGCUUCUGGAGAGAGUGAAUCUGUGCCGCAUCCAGAGAGCUGACGGGGACUGUGACUUGGCUGCUGUCAUCCUUCACGUCAGGCGCAGAAGAAUCUGUGUCAGCCCGCACAGUCAUGUUAUUAAGCAGUGGAUGAAAGAACAAGCAGCCAAGAAAAACGCUAAGGGCAACUCCUGCCACAAGAAGAAACAUGCCGGUCAGAGGAAAAGUAAAGGGGCACAUCAGGGGAAACCAGAAAUCCACAGCCAUAAAAGUUCUUAUAAAGUGUUUGCAAACGAACCUACACAGACAGUUCCUCAACUGGACUUGGCCACGGUUGCUUAUAAAUUUAUCUCGUGAAUGUUCCUUAUUGGGAGUCAACAGGGCAAAACAAACUAUAUGUCUUAAAGGAAAAAUUAUACAGGAUACAAAUGUAGCCAAUAAUAUACUCAUCUGAAAAUGAAAUGAAAAGAUAGUUCUUCUCUUCAUAUCCUAUUUUAAGAGCAGCAUACAGAUCUAAUUUCUCCCAACUUUUUUUUAUGAAGGUUUGCAAACCUACAGAGAAGUUGAAAGAUUGGCACAAUGAACACUCGUAUACCUUUCACGUAGAUUAAUAAUUGUUAAUAUUUUGCCACAUUUGUUUUCUCUCUCUUUUCUCUCUUUGCGUGCAUGUGUGUAUAAAACAUUUUACAUAUAAAUACAUAUUUUUUUGCUAAACCGUUUGACAAUAAGUUGCAAAUGUCAUGAUACUUCUAACUUUUUUUUAGUGUUACAACUUGACAUCCCCAAGAAUAAAGACCUUUUGUAUAUAAUCACACUAUCAGCUUUAUACCUAAAUAUAUUUACCUAAUAUAUUAGGUAUAUAUAUUAGGAAUAUAUAUAUAUUUAAUUUUUAAAUUAAAUUUAAUUUUAAUUUAACUUUCCCCCAACUAUUUCCAGAGUAUAAUUUUUGUACAGUUUUUUAAUCAAUCAAGGUUCACAUAUUGCAAUUAAUUCUUAUAUUUCUUUAAAAACUUUUACUCUAAGAAAGUCCCCCCUGCUUUUUUUCUUUUUGCUUUCUUUCCAUGGCUCAAAAUUUUUAAAAGAGAGUCUAGGGCAGAAUCUGUUCCACAUUCUGGGUUUGCCUGUUUCCUCAUGACCACGUUCAGGUUUAACAGUUUCAAUAAGAAUGCUUUCUAUGUGAAUUUGUGUAUUUCUUAUUGCAUUAUCUAGAG